AUGGCAACGAGAUGGACGUUGCUGGGCACGGUCCGCAACAGCGCUUGGCAGCGCGCCGUCUUGGGGCCCGGAAGGACGCAACAGCAGCAUAGUGUGGCGCAGCCAAGAGAGUGGACGAGAGAGCCACCGUCGCGGACUCCAUCAGCACGAAGGCCGAGGGGCGAGCCGGGGUGGAAGGAGCCGAGGAUCUUCCAAGAGCACUCUCGCCUUCGGUCCGGCCUUGUCGUCGAAGAUGUACCAGAGGUGCUGGCAGGUCUGCGGGAGCUGCUGCUGAAGAAGCCCAAGCUGUCUGUCAGCCCGGGCGAGCGCAAGGAUCACGCGGCCAUGGUCAAGCUGCUCAGGGCUCGUCGCGACGAGAUUGACGACUGGGCCACUCUGACCACCUUUGCGGAAACAAGACUGCUCAAAAAGGACUGGUCCGCGUUUCUUGGCCUCGUUCUGCUUCAUCUCAGGAGCGACAGGCACGACGAUGUCCGCCUCCUCGUCCUCAAGGCGCUGGAGGAUCUCCCACCUCCCAAUAUCCAGGGCGACCUAGUUGCGCUCUAUGCGGCUGCAUCGACUUUAGAAGAUACAGUCGCACUGACCCGCAGGCUGCCGCCCGCCAAGGUCCACUUCAACACCGCAUUUGAGGCGCAAUUCGGCGGCACGGGCGCGCCGUUGACAGUCAAGCGCGCCUGGAAACUCAUGUCGCGCGAGUGGGUACAGACUGAUCGGCCUCUAGGAGCGCCCGACGAAGCAGUCAGCCAAUGGAGCCAGGAGAAGGAGGGGCGCCAUGUCCGCCAUGCAAUCCUAGCAUGGGGGCUAGAUUGUCUGGGUGAGGCGCCGCAGUUCAAUUGGCUCGCUCGUCGAUUCGGCACUCUCCUCUCUGCCGCGCCGGCCAGCCGAGAUUUGCGAUCGAUUGCGAUGCUCAUUGAGACGGCCAUCGAGGCCAAAGAUAGCUGGCUUUCCGUCGUACACGACGAUGACGACAUGGCCAACUGGAAUGCAUGGACAUUCGCCACGCUCUUCUCGUCGCUUCUCGCGGCAGGACAGACGACGCUGGCGGACAGGGUCUGGUCAAUGUACUGCGAUGUGCGAGGACCCGACCGCACAACAGACAUCAGAGUCGCCAAUGCGAUCCUCGACGGCCAUGUGACCCGAAAGGACUGGGGUGCCGUCGCAGAGACAUGGAAGAGCAUUGCCAACCCAGACGACUACACGUCCACGACGAUGCUCGUGGCGCUGUUCCGAUCUAAUGACGUCGAUGGGGCCAUGCGACUCUUUGCGCAGAAGCGAGCCGAGAAGGCGACUCGCGUAGAGAUGUGCAAUGCAGUACUAUUGGGUCUCUAUCUUCAGAGGAGAGACGAACAGGCCAACGCGCUAUUUGACGAGAUGCUCCACUCCUCCGACCUUCCCAAACCCAACGUGACGACGAUCAACACCAUGCUCCGAGCCCAUGGUCGACGCAAGGAUGGUGCCCGGCUCACAGCGGCACUCCGGACUAUGUCAGACCUUGGGCUGGAUCCAGAUGUAUACACUUCGACGACGUUUCUUGACGCUCUCUUACGCAUGGGACAUGGACGGGAGGCACUCUCCAAGGUCGUCGAGAUCAUGCAUCAAAUGAGCGCGCGUCCCAAUGCUGUGACUUUGACAGCCAUGAUCAAAGUGCUCGUGUCGCCCAACGAGGAGCAGGAUGAACCGGCUAACCUGACGGCAGCCUUGGCUGUGCUCGAGCGCAUGGAGGACACGGGCCCACGACCGAAUGAAGUGACGUACACUGCGGUCAUGGCAUCGCUCUUCAGGCACCUGCAGGGGCACAAGGUCGAAGAGCAGGUCGAUUUGGCCCUCUCGCUGCUGGACCGCAUGCGCAGACUGAGGCUGGAGCCAAAUAGGAUCACGUACCACACAAUGCUCGACGGUCUCUUCCGAUCCGUCAGGCUGUGCGUCAACCAGGGGAAAGAGGCCGCGGCACAGCAGAUGCUCGAGCGCGCGCUUGGCCUGAUCGAUGAGAUGGGAAGAGAGGCAGCCGAAGCGAACCGUCCCGUCAGCCGGACAUGGAUCCUCGUUCUCGAUGCGCUGAGCGAGCUUUCGCGCUCGCCCUCCAGGGCGAGCACAUGCCCUCGCUGCAAGACACCAGAGUCAGGCAGCGUUGGGAUCACACUCAAGACGAUGUGA